GGCAAUGCCGGAACAGCAGGAUAACGACAACAUGGACGUGGAUGAGCCGUCGGAGAACCACGAGGAGUCACGAGACGCACCAGUCACCGGGCUGCCCAUCCUGUUCUAUAACAGAGACGAGCCUUAUUACGAGUUCGCGAAUUUUGCCCCACACUCUGUUCGGUUUGAGCGUAAAGAAUACCCUACAGCUGAACACUUGUUUCAAGCGCACAAGUUCCUCUCUACUCGCCCAGAUCUCGCAGAGCGCAUUCGAAAGGUUCCUACUCCACGCGCGGCUUUGGAAGAAGCGACCCGGCUGCGCAAGCUGCAGCGCUCGGACUGGUUCGAUGUGAACAUUAGUAUCAUGGAUCAGAUCCUGGAAGCCAAAUUUACGCAGGAUGCUCGUCUCGAAAAGCUACUCCUUGACACCGGAGACAGCGAAAUCAUCGAGAACAGCCCCGUCGACCCCUUCUGGGGAUGUGGUGCUGACGGCCAAGGCAAGAAUGAGCUCGGCAAAGCUCUCAUGAGGUUGAGGGAGAGGCUACGCAGGCAAGGAAGAGAUAGUCCCAGUGGGCAGCGUCGAUGGUCUCAGAUGGAUCACGAAGCUCCAGGCAGCCAGAAUACGACGUACGUGAAGCACGCCAAACUUUAAACCACUUCAUAUGA